GCUGUCCUUUCGACCACUAACGUGUAACCGAAAAACACUUUUAAAGUUGGACUGGAAUCAGUUCAACGUUUCUUCUGCCUUGAUUAUGAAGUAGGGCGGGUUACGCAAAGCUGAUCCUGUAUCAGUGUAAAGGAGAAACACACGUCGUGAGGUUCAUUCCCCCAAAUAUUAAGAUAUUCAAUAUGGCGACGGGGUGCUUUCAGAUAAAUAAUACAAGCUAGUGGUGUUUAAUAACAAGUUUGUAACCUGUAAAGAGUAGUAUGCAGGAAAGCAGUCGCUCGUUGAAGAGAGACGCGUAUAGAAACCUUUAAGGAUGGAAACGCGGGGUAUAGAGCAGAUGUUUGACUUUCAGCGGUUGCCAAGUGAUGGGUUAAUCCUGCUACUGCUGCUGCUGUACUGCCCAGUUGGUCUUUGCUUAAUGUUACUACGUAUAUUUAUAGGUGUUCAUAUAUUCCUAGUGAGUUGUGCACUUCCUGACAGUUUUGUAAAACGAUUUAUAGUACGAGUCAUGUGCUCCGUGUUGGGCCUGCAUGUAAAACAGAACAACCUGCGCUUAAGAGACAAAAAUGUCAAGUUGUAUGUCAGCAAUCACAUUACGCAGUUUGACCACAACAUUAUUAACCUCCUUACCUCCUGCCACACUCCAUUGUUAGAGGGCCCUUCAGGGUUUGUGUGCUGGGCACGAGGCUUCUUAGAGCUGGGCCCAGGGACAGGCAACAGGGCUGAGCUGGCACAGACCCUUCAUGGAUAUUGCUCUGUUCCUGAAGCUCAACCCUUACUACUCUUCCCGGAAGAAGACACGACUAAUGGGCGUGCUGGCCUGCUCAAGUUUAGUUCUUGGCCUUUCUCUGUGGCCGAUUCUGUACAGCCUGUGGCCUUGAGGGUGAAGAGGCCUUUCAUAGCUGUGAAUGUACCAGAAUCUUCAUGGCUGACUGAAUUGCUGUGGACAUUUUUUGUCCCGUUCACAGUGUAUCAAGUAAGAUGGCUUCCUCCAGUGCACAAACAAGAUGAAGAAUCUCAUCAAGAAUUUGCUAACAGAGUCCAAGAGCUUCUGGCCACCGAGAUUGGCGUUGUAUCAACACAGAUUACCAAAGCAGACAAGGCUGAGCAUAUUAAAAGAAAAAGGCACACCGUGUCCCACACUAUACACCUGGAUUUGGGGGCCAGACCCCGUACCGUGGCCCAGGGCUUUCUGGGCUCAAGGGCUGGCGCAGAGGAUCCUAGAAUAGUGCGUAUGGCUCAUCAGGUGAAGGAAGUGCUACCAGACAUCCCUCUAAGUGUUAUCACCAGAGAUCUGUUGCAAACAAACUGUGUGGAUACAACUAUUACUAACCUGCUGGAGAACACUGAGCGGUAUCAUACAGAGUCUGCAGAAGCUGCACCAUCAAGAACAUCAAGAACUUUAACCUCUACCACACCCGCUGUUCCUGCUCCACCACUGACUCUAAAGCCUACUGCCAAAUCUUUUGGGAAAUCACCAACAGACAGACACAUGUCCUUACAGGACAGAAAAACUGCCUUGUAUGAUUAUGCAAGAAGACGUUACAUAGAAAAACAUGGCCUGAAUCCAGAGGAAGACUCAUGAGAUUGGACAAAUUGCAGAGUUAACUGAAGGACAUUUAAGCGGAGUUCACACAACUUUCCUAAAAUUGAAGAAAGCAUUACACUGACUUUACCUGCAGCAUUUGUGUUGAGCAAACAUAUGAAAAGAAGGAUUGAAAAUAAGAGAUUUGAAAUGAGUUGACUUGGAUUUUUAUUAAUCCUCUUGCAUGGCAAUCAUGCAUGUCUUUUUAAUUAUUUCUCUGCUACGGACAAAAAAGAUUAUUUUGGUAAACCGUUUGUACUACACCCCAGUACCAGUGGAACAUCUCAUAUUAUUUUUAUAAAUUUUAGACAUAGAAAACUUGAGCUUGGCAUUAUGUGGUACCGAACAAAUCCAGUUUGAGGUUAUGUUGUAAGGAUAUAUGUUGAUUAAGUAUCAGACAUUAAAGAUCAUUUCUAAAUGAAAAA